AUGAGUCCGACGAGAAUGGAGAAGAGAACGAGAAAAAGUUUGGGAGAGAAAAUACCCUUAUUUAGGACUCCAUCUCCUUCAAAAGUAAACGAGAAAGAGAAAAAAGUGGAAGGUCAUCGAUGGAGCAGUAGUUCUACGGAUUCUGAUAUCGAACUUUGUUUAAAGAAAGAAAAGAAGAUCGAGAAGACUUUGUCAGCCUCUUCGUCGCUUCAUGACUUAUCUUCUCGAACUCCUGUACCACCCAUAAUUGCCCCUCCUCCACCACCAACUGGUGUAUUCAGCCCCGGAACUCAACUACCUCAACCAAACAUCGCUGCUCCAACUUUAACACUACCUCCUCCACCUCCUACUCUAGGCAUACCUCUGCCGCCACCAGGAUGCAAUCUACCUCUACCUCCAACGCAUCUACCGCCACCGCCCUUCCCACUACCUCCUCUAAAUCCCGCAAUACCAAUGGGAGCUCCUGGCUUCAAUCCUUUGCUACCUCCACCACCGAGUUUUUGUGCGCCGCCACCUCAAACUUUUGUGAAGCGUGAUCUUCCCAAAGUAUCGCUUCGCUUCGUCGAGGACUCCCCACCGCAUCAAACAGCUCAACCUGGAUCUUCUCAACAGACGUUGGCUGAUCGCGUCGCAAGCAUCUUUGGUGCUGACAUUUUGGGAGAAUCCUCGAUUGUUCGACCUGAUUCCAGUGCUUCACAGCAACAAGGGUCAAGCGAUGCGGCCUGUGGUGACGAUGUGGACGACAUGGAUGUUGACAUUGGAUCGAUUUCUCCGGCACCAGAAUCGAUGUCAGUGAGUCCUGUAGAACCCGUAUCGAAGAGUGGAAAUGAACAGCGGAGAAGGAGGCGGAAAGCUGUUGACAGGCAGAAGAGACAGUUUAUACGAAAUGUUGCUGUAGUGGCGGAAGCUACGGAAAAGACUAUAGGCGAAGAGAUAGUUGACGUUGUCACGAAGGAUUUCUACAAACGAGUGGAAGGCGUCAGCUUUGAAAUUCUUGAAGAGGUUCUCGCUGAACUUCGACAUGAACUAGAGGAGCAAAAGCGGAAUGAAGCACAAGAAGCUCUUCGCGCGCAAGCUCAAAUUGUUACCCAAGAGAAACCUAGCGAUGUUGCUCAGUUUUGUAACCCACUUGAU